AUGGCCGGCCUACGGUUCGCAGUGAGCAUGCAACGGUUGAUACCGUUUCUUGGCUUUCACCAUGUGCUCAUGAUACUCAUAGCAGUCGCAAUCAUCCUACUCUCAUUAUUACUGGCAGGAUGCUCAUCAACAUCACCCUUGAUACCCGGCAUCUUCCUCAUCUCCAUGUGGUACGAAAAGUACACACCCACCUAUGCGCCAGAACAAGUCGAUCCUGGUGUCACACAAGCCAUUGCCAACAUCGUCGGCAACGCCCAGCUCGGCGUGCGCGUUGGCUACUUUGGCAUCUGCAUCAACAGAGACGGCGGUGGCUACAUCUGCUCCAACAACGCAACUGCACUCGUUGACAAUCUGUCGAUCGAUCAAGAUCCGCUCAAUCUUGUGUGGGUCGCGGCCACCUUCAAGGACGCCGUCGUCUUCCCCUAUCUGCUCAUCGUCGCCAUCAUCCUGGCCUUCUUCACCUUUAUUCUCCUUGCCACCUUCCCUGGCUGGCACGAGGAGAGGGACGAGCGAACCGGAUCCGAUGUCGACGUCAAGCCUUUUCCAUCAAGACCUGUGUCGCAAGUCGCUCUCGCACUCAUCUUCACCUCGUCCAUCUUCGUCCUCGUCUCCGUGCUCUGGCAGCACACCGCCUCAGUCGCCGCCUCCACGAUUGCGCAAGACUUGGGUAACGGAAGUGUCAAGUCGGGAGUCGGUACAUCAGCCAUGGUACUCGGUUGGUUCGGUUUCGUCCUGCUCAUAAUAGUGACCAUCGGAUUGCUCGUCAUGAUUCUCAGCAUCGUCAUUCUCGACCGCCUGACCGAUGACUAA